AGCCCUUUCCAGUGUGUGUUCAUGUCUGACCUUGCCACAUCCCCAAUGUAGGCUCCAGACAGGAAUGCGAAGUGCCUUUGGGAAGCCCUAGGGCACCGUGGCCAGGGUGCACCUUGGCCAAGUCAUCAUGUCAAUCCGCACCAAGCUGCAGAAUAAGGAGCAUGCGAUUGAGGCUCUACGCAGGGCCAAGUUCAAGUUCCCUGGCCGCCAGAAGAUCCAUAUCUCAAAGAAGUGGGGCUUUACCAAGUUUAACGCAGAUGAAUUUGAAGACAUGGUGGUUGAGAAGCGGCUCAUCCCAGAUGGCUGUGGGGUCAAAUACGUCCCCAAUCACGGACCCCUGGACAAGUGGCGGGCCCUGCACUCAUGAAGACUUUCACUCUGCUGGCUCUUCGUCCCCAUAUCAAUAAAUCUUGCUUCCUGUUU